AUUAGCACCCAGUGAGAGGCUUGAGGCGAAAGCUAUCUUGGGUCAUGGCCUUGUGGAACGGAGCUUGGAACUUCAUGCUGAGCAUGGUCCUGACUGCAGCUGAGAAGAACAGUAAACAUCCCAGAGGCUUUUCACAUGGUAAUUGCCUUACCUCCUCCUGAAACCAGAAGAGCAAGCACAGCACACCCUGACAAGAUGGCACCUUUUUCACUCUAUCACUUCUUCAUGUUAGAGCUUUGCUUGAGAUCCAGCCCCCCCAUUGUGAUUAGUGACCCCCUCCCCAGCCUUUAUGGGGUCUCUCACCUGGCUGUCUAUUACCUCUUCAUCACAAGCCUGAUAAAUGUAGCCCAGGUGCGGACAUUGUUGGAAUUACAUCAGGAGUUGCAGUCAGGCCGCCUUGGAGUGGAGCAAAGCCCACUGCAAGCGGAUGACAGCUGGGCCUUGCUGGCAGCUCCCCCCAACCUCAAGGAGCUGGUGAGGGAGGAGAUCCGCCUUCUUCUAAUUGGCCUACAGCAGAAGGCAUCGCAGGAGGGCAGGAAUCAAGAUUGUGCCAUCGCUAAAUAUAGCCCUCAUGUGGUCACCUUUGCACUGAAGGCAAAUGCUGGCAAUAGUCAGUCUUCAUCUGGGAGUAGUGCCCUAAUCAGGCCAUUAUUCUCCAGAACCGCUAAUCUGGAAUCCUUCUGUAAUAAACUGAAUAUUGCCCAUAUCAGUGAGGUAGCCUCUCAACUUCGAACCUUGCUAGAGGAUGAGUGCUGUGAUCUGGAAAGAUACAUCCCCUAUUUACAGUGCCAACUGGAGGAGGCGCAUCAGCAUGCUACAGAGCUGCUAGAGGCAACACAUGAGCCCACCAUGGCUGAAUUACAAGAGGAGAAGCGUGCCAUGGAACGGGAUUUGCAGCUAAGCCAGCCUAAGCCAGGCACCAGCCCUUCCCUGAUGUCGAAACAUCUUGGGAGUAGCAGCUACCAACUGCAAUUCAGUGGCUUAAGAGGCUCGGCAAAAGGACCAAGCUUUGGAGAGAUCAGUCCUGCUUCUUCACCAACUCUCAGAGACCAGACUUCUCCUUUAUGCCAUCAAGCACUACCCCGGCGGGGCCACUCGGCACGAGGGUCCUAUGGAUGGCCUCAGCGAGAUGGUGAGGAACCCAACCAAUCCAGGAAGGACAAUGAUGUUCUGUUGCCCAGACCUGUGCUGCCAGUGCCUCUGAAAGGGGGCAGGAUUGCUUCAGCCUGCGGGCUGGCAGUCGCAGGGUUGGACCAUGUCUUCCACCCCACGCCUCCUACAGAGCCAUGCCCAGUGCCCCGUUUCUGCCCUCGCACUCGGCUGCUGCGAUGCAAAGGACCCAGCUAGGGAAUGGAGAGCUGCUGCCUUCCCUUAAGUACCCCAUUUCCCGCUCCCAUGCUGCAGAGUCUUCAAGGGACCUAGCCCUGCAGCAUCCUGUGCCUCAAGAGUUGCUGCGGUUGCCUUUUGCUCAUCCUUGUGAACAGGGUCAAUGGGAUUCCAGGGAAAGCGAAAAGGCAAAGAAAUGCAUACACACAACCUCCCCCAACCCAUGAAUGCAGAUAAACUACUUGCAAGUGGGACCCAUGCCAGUGAGAUGCAUCUUCUCCUUCUUGUCCACAACACAGGACAGUGGGCCUUGUGGCAGUGAGGCUGUGAACCCAACCCACACCUUCCCCAUUCCUCCACGCACACCAAAGAACUGUACCACCCAAGGUUCAGGAAUAUAAAUUUCAUUAAAAUCUAUCAGACUUUAAAAAUCUACAACUGGAAGAGUCACA